GACAGGAGAGAGGAUCGCGGACCUCUGUUUCUUUUCUACUUUCCUUAGUUCAUUCUUCUUCUUUUUUUCAUUACAUCUUACUUUUCCGUGCACUCUUUGUUUGUUUAAUUGUUUGGACAUUCCCCCCGGCAGUUUUACUCUUCGGGGGAGGCUUAUUUUAGUUCUUUUUCAUGUUUUCUCGGACGGAUUUAAUGGCGACGGACGCGGGAAAUGGCACAUUGACGACGGAAAUGGAUCACGGACAUAAAACAAGUCAAGAUGUAACGGAAAAAGAAGUGAAUGAGUGGGAAAUAGUUGAAACAAAAGAACAGAGAGUUAGAAGAAAGAGUUUGAAAAAAAAAGUAGCAAAGAGAGCACGGGAACAGCUGAUUCGACAGUGGCAGCGUCGGCGAGAGGAGAGAGAGAAGAGAGAGAGCGGCGAGCAGCACUGACAGCUGCAACGGGCAGAGGACGGAGGAGCGAGAUCGGAGGAGCGGUGAGGGAGAGCGAAGAGGGAGAUCGGACCAGGCCAGGACUCCAUGGAGCUCCGAGAGCGGCGGCGGAGAGAGAGAGAGAAAGCAGCAGCGGCGGUUGAGCGAGAGGCGUGCGGCGGAGCGGGGAGGGAGAAAGAGAAAGCGAUGGGAACAGCGGGAGAAAAACAGCAGCAGCACCAGCAUCAACAACAGAGAGAAAAUGCGAGGCAGGUGGCGGGAGUUAAAUAUGAUCGGGAAUUAACCGUGAGUCUCGAGGUCAUCGGGCAGGACGAGGUCCCGGUGCUUGAGCUAAUGAGAUGCAUCAGGGCUCUGUGUGGUGGACUGAUAGCCUGCAGAGCGUCCGGUGCCAGAAGCUUUGAAAUCACAAUGUCACAUGAGAAGGGGAAGGAGCGACUCCUUGAUGGCUUCAAAAUAGAAAUAUUAUGGCAGUCGACUGGAGUCCUCAGGUGAUUUGCAAACAAGUGCUGCCUCCUGCAGUUUGCACUGCUGCCCAGUGCCAAGAAGUGUCACAGAUGCACUGAGCCUGGUUCACCCGGAGAUGACCAAAAGAUUCUUCGGUUGUGGUCUUCCAUUCCCAGCGAAACUUGAUGGCUGCAGGGUGCUGGACCUUGGCAGCGGCUCUGGCAGAGACUGUUUUGCCUUUAGUAAACUUGUUGGACCAAAGGGACAUGUGACAGGGAUUGAUAUGACAGAGGAGCUGAUUACUGUAUCUCGUCAGUAUACUGAGUAUCAUCAGAAGAAGUUUGGCUAUAAGGAGCCUAAUGUCACCUUUGUCCAGGGGUACAUGGAGAAUCUUGGUGAAGCUGGCAUACAGAGUGACUCAAUGGAUGUUGUGCUAUCCAACUGUGUAAUCUGUUUGUGUCCUGAUAAAAGAACAGUGCUACAGCAAGCCUACAACAUGCUAAAGGAGGGAGGUGAAAUGUACUUCAGUGACAUGUAUGCCAGCAAAGUUGUCCCUGACCACAUGAAGCAAGAUACAGUCUUAUGGGGUGAAGGAAUGGGUGGUUCUCUGUUCUGGCAAGACCUUAUUUCUUUGGCCCACAGUGUUGGUUUCAGCACUCCACAUCUUGUUUCAGCAAGCCGCAUUGCUGUCCACAACAGUGAACUCAAAGCAAAAGCAGGUGACAUCAGCUAUGCUUCAGGCACUUACCGGCUCUUUAAGCUGCCCAAACGUCCUGUCAUGUCUGAGGCAACAGUGACCUAUAAAGGAACUCUGGCAGAUUUCCCAGAUCAGCUGGACUUUGAUUCAUCACACUGUUUCAAGGUUAAUGUUUACUUUUGUGCUAUGCAGAAAGAUGUUGCAGUGGAGGUAAGUGGAGAAAUGGCAGAAAUCAUCCGGAGUUCCCGUUUCUUCUCUGAUUUCAAAAUUCAGAUGUUGGAUAAACCAGACUCCAGCUCAGAGUCACCACCACAGUACUGCCGCCUCAGUCCAUUUCUGUUGGCUGACAAACUGGGAUCGUCUGUAAAAAAAUGCUCCAAAACAAGCAAAUAAAGACGCAGCCGAAUACAGAGGAAACUGUUCUGAAGACUGAGGACAACUGCAAAAAUAAAAUAAAUAAAUCAUUUUUUAUUUAAAGGUUCACUACAGGCUAAAUAUUUUUUAUGUGCAAGCCAUCGCAUAUUGUAGUGAUGUAAUUAAGGAAAGUUUUUUUCAGAUAAUGGUUUGGUUAAUGGACAUGGUUUAUAAAUACGUUCAUCGCUGUGGUAAUAUAAUAGUAGUGUUAAUGAUGUCACAAUAAAAUGACUUAAUUAACAAAGUAAUUAUACUUUCUCAUAUUUUGAACUCAUUGAGUAAUUCCACUUGAGUAAAGUAAACAUGUUAAAUAAAAAGUUUUUCAUUUCCCAACUUGGA